GCAGCGUCAUCAGAAUGAGUCGGGGGUGAAAGGGGAAAUCUGGGACAGAACCACAUGUUUGUUGUUGUGGUGCUGAUGCUCGAUAGCCGGGAAAGUAGUUUUUCUCAAGUUACAUCUUGACGGUUUUCUUUGGCCUUCAGGACCCUUUGAGGCAAAAUGAGGAACCUGAAGCUGCUGAAGAGCCUGCGGAGCUCAGAGCUGCAGGGCCCUGGCACCCCGCAGUGUUUCUCUGUGAGGUCUGACACCGGCUCACUGCUCAUCGCCUCUCAGUUCUCCGUCACAGAGUACAACCCACAGUCUGGCGAGGUUGUCAGUGAAGCUUCGCUAACAGCCGACGGUUACCUCCCGGAGGACGGCAGCGGGGUGGUGGUGGGACUGCAGGACCUAGCAGAGCUUCAGUCUGCAUGUUUGGCCACAGCAGGCGGCGAUGUUGUUCUCUUCAACCUCAACACCAGCCAGUUGGAGUGCGUUGGCAGCGUGGACAGUGGCCUUACGUCUAUGAGCUGGAGUCCCGAUGAAGAGCUCGUCAUCCUAACAACGGGACAGGAGACUAUUAUCAUGAUGACCAAAGAUUUUGAGCCAGUCACUGAGGUUGGAAUCCACCAGGAUGAUUUUGGUGAAGGGAAAUUCAUCACAGUGGGUUGGGGGAAGAAGGAGACUCAGUUUCACGGCUCAGAGGGAAAGCAGGCUGCACAGAAGAAGAUCCAGGAUGUGCAGCCAGCCGUGGCCUGGGACGACCGCAGGCCCAGAGUCACGUGGCGGGGAGAUGGUCAGCUUUUUGCUGUCAGUGCCAUCUGUACCCAGACCGGAGCGAGAAAAGUCCGCGUGUGGAACAGAGAGGGUGUUCUGCAGGCCACCAGUGAGCCCAUCAACGGCCUGGAGCAAGCACUUUGCUGGAAACCCUCGGGGAGCCUGAUUGCGAGCUCUCAGCACCACCCCAACAAACACAGUGUUGUGUUCAUGGAGAAGAACGGACUGCUGCACGGAGACUUCACAUUACCAUUCAGUAAAGACCAAGUCAAGGUGAAGGAGCUGCUGUGGAACAGCGACUCCUCUGUUUUGGCUGUUUGGUUGGAGGACUUGGCUGCUGGGGCGGAUAGAAAAGUCAAGAAUUACAUCCAGCUCUGGACGGUGGGGAACUACCACUGGUACCUGAAACAGAGCCUGGACUUCGACGGAGACAAAGCUCCCGUCUGCUUCUGCUGGGAUCCUGAACGGCCUCUACGGCUCCAUAUGGUGGCCCAGAACUGGACGACUGUCACCUAUGACUGGGGCUGGACAACAGAGCGAAGCCCUGGACUGGAUAACACUGACGAUGCCAGCGUGGCUGUGAUUGACGGAGAAAAAGUCCUGGUGACAACCUUCAGGCAGAGCGGGGUUCCUCCUCCAAUGUGUUCGUUCGAGCUGCAGUUGGAGUCGCCGGUCAACCAGGUGACUUUCCUUUGUCAGCCCACAAGGACCAAUCAGAUUGCAGUUUUCACCUCCAGUGGGCGGAUCUCGGUGUUUGGAAAAGUUUCAAAAGAAGAUUUGGACAGAACAGCAGAUGGGUUCAGAAUUUUGUCUCGUCCUCUUCUCCUCCAGAAGACUUUCAGAGUGACGGCGCCUCAGGACGAUGCCCUGGCCCUGCGGCAGCUGCUGUGGCUGCAGGAGGAGCUGUUCUUCGCCGUCGCUCCCGGUAUCCUGCCCAACACGUCCGUACUGUUGAUGCUUCAUCCCGGUCAGGACGCCCCUGACACCCUGGCUGUUAGAUCUCAGCUGGAGGUUGACGGUGUUGUGAUCAGCACGGUCUACAGCUCCCAAACUGGAACGAUGGCUCUACAGCUGGAGGACGGACAAAUAAAGAGGCUUCUCUGGGAUUCUCCUGAGCUGUCAGUGGAAGAGUGGCUUGACUCCAGCGGCGUCAGCAUCAACUUUCCUGUUCCCUGCAUCCAGACGGCUCUCUGCUGCAUCAGUGGAACGGAAUACCUGCUUGGCCUCACAGACAGAUCCCACCUGUAUGCUGGAGACACAGAGCUCGCAUCCAAUGUUAGUUCCUUUGCUGUUUGCGAUGACUUCCUGCUCAUCACCACACACUCUCACACCUGCCGCUGCCUCCAGCUGAGCACGCUCACACUGAAAGGUCUGCAGGUGGCUUUGUCCUCCGAUGGAGGUCAGAAUGACGAGACGCUGCGGCGAGUGGAAAGAGGAUCCAGGCUCGUCACCGUUGUUCCUCAGGACACCAGGGUGAUCCUUCAGAUGCCUCGGGGAAAUCUGGAGACCAUGCAUCACAGAGCUCUUGUUCUGGCUCAGUUAAGGAAGUGGCUGGAUGGCUUGAGAUUCAGGGACGCCUUUGAGUGUAUGAGGAAGUUACGGAUCAACCUGAACCUCAUUUAUGAUCACAAUCCAAAGAUUUUCCUGGAAAACAUUGAAACCUUCAUCACACAGCUUAACUCCAUCAACCACGUUAACCUCUUCCUCACUGAGCUCAAAGAGGAGGACACGACCUGCACCAUGUAUCCCCGCCCUGAGAGCUGCCCAUCGCAGACUCAGUCCGUCUCAGGCCUGAAAAAGGUGGACGUUGUUUGCGAUGCGCUACGGAAAGCCAUGGAGUCAAUGGACCCAAACAAGUUCUGUCUGUCCAUACUGACGGCCCACGUGAAGAAGACUGUUCCCGAGCUCGAGACUGCUCUGCAGAAAGUGCAUGAGCUGCGAGAAAACCCUCCUGAAGCUCCAGGAGCUGUGAGCGCUGAAGAGGCGCUGAAGUACCUCCUCUUCCUCGUCAAUGUCAACGAUCUGUACGAACACUCGCUCGGCACCUACGACUUUGACCUCGUUCUCAUGGUGGCUGAAAGAUCACAGAAGGACCCCAAAGAGUACCUUCCUUUCCUGAACAUGCUGAAGAGCCUGGAGCCAAACUACCAGCGCUACGCCAUCGACAAACACCUAAAGCGCUACAGAAAGGCCUUGGUCCAUCUCAGCAAGUCUGGAGAGGAACAUUUUAUCGAGCUUGUGCAGCUGGUGAAGGAGCAGAAACUCUACAGUGACGCUCUGAGGUUGUACCCAGCUGGUAGUCCUCAGUACAAGCUUCUGAGCUGUGCGUACGCCGAGCACCUGGUGGAGCAGCAGCAGGCCGAGCAGGCCGGCUUGUUGCUGUGGCGGUGUGGCGAGCCAGCCAGGGCGCUGCAGGCUUUCACGAGCUGCUCCAGUUGGAGGAACGCCAUCUGUGUGGCGCAGCAGAUCCCGCUGCCGCCGGACCAGUUGGCCCUGCUGGCCAGAGACCUGGCAGAGAGGCUCAAUGAGCAGAGGCGGUAUACAGAGGCGGCUUUGCUGUUGGACCAGUACGCCAAAGACUGUGAGGAAGCCAUCUUGGCUCUAAUCACUGGUGCAUUCUGGGAGGAGGCGCUCAGACUGAUUUACAUGCACAACAGACAGGAUAUCAGUGAGACCAACCUGAAACCUGCUCUGUUAGAAGCUGUGAGCACUCAAACCGGGUUCCUGGAGGCUCAGAUCGCAACCUUCACCCGACACAGGAGCCGUUUGGCUGUGGUUCGGGAGCAGAAAGAAAAGGCCAGACUGGAAAUGCUUGACGAAGAAGGUCCAGACUGCCCUGAUGCCGAGCUUUACUCUGAGGCCAGCAGCGUGAUGACCGCUUCUAAAUACUCCCAGAGUAACUCCCGGAUCUCCUCAAGGUCGUCAAAGAACCGCCGGAAAGCGGAGCGAAAGAAGCUGAGUCUGAAGGAAGGAAGCCCGAUGGAGGACAGAGCCCUAAUGCACGCCCUGAGUGAAAUCAUCACCACCAUAGACAAGAUGAGAGAGGAGAUCCACAGCCUCCUCAAGGCCUUGGUGCUGUUCCAGUUUGAGAAACAGGCCGAGAAGCUGCAGCAGGCCUACGAAGGAACGCUGCAGACGAUGGAGGGAGCUCUUCCUGAGGUGUGGCCUGAAGGCCUGCUGAGCAGCAACGCCCCGGUUACCGGUCCAAACUCCACAGCAAACAGCAUCAUGGCUUCUUUCCAGCAGCAGAAACCUGCAGCGUCACAACAAGAUCCUGAGAUCCCAACAGCACCAAAGCUGAGAAACGGUGUCAAGUGGAAGCUCACUAUUCUUAAAUAAACAGAAAACAUAGCAGUG